AUGACCGAAUAUGUUGAUUUGACCAUUGACCACUCUUAUUCCCAAAAGAAAAAACAUGGUUUACAUGUAAAGCACAUUUGUGCUCAAACAAUGGACAGCAGCUCCCAGUUUCACCAGAAUAUAUUAGAAGGUUUAAAACUGCCUAAAAGGAGCACUCAGCUAUUAAAUAGUUUAAGCUUUGAAUAUUGCUGCAUAUUUGGUAAAUGGGGGAGCAACAAGCACAAACCAUAA